ACACACUCGCAGCCCAACUCAUGGCCCCUUCUCUCCCUCUCUUCCACCAGCUAUAAGAACCGAUCCAUCGUCCCGCUACUCUCUCACCAACACAACAGAUCGAGUGCUACCAUCGCAGCAGGAAUCAAUAUGGAUUGCGGUACUGAUGAGCGCCAACAUGGCCAUGGCGGCAACGGCGAUGCGGCGGAGUGGAAGAAGGUGGCGGAGCUGAGGGAGGUCGUGGAGGCACAGGACCCCUCUGCCAAGGAGGAGGAUGAUUUCGCGCUACGGCGGUUCCUCCGUGCCCGGGACCACAACAUCAACAAGGCGUCGGCGAUGCUUCUCCGGUACCUUGCCUGGAAGCGCGUCGCCAAACCCCAUGGCUUCAUCUCGGACGACGAGGUGCGCGGCGAGAUCGCAAAGGGAAGGGACCGCUUGCAGGGUUUUGACCGUCUUGGUCGCCCCAUGUCGUAUCUCUAUGGUGGGCGUCACUUCCCCGUCCGGCGUGACCACGAAGAUCUCAAGCGCUACGUCGCCUAUGUUCUUGACAAAAUCUGCACAAGGUUGCCGGCAGGGCAAGAGAAGUUUGCAGCAGUGAUUGACCUAAAGGGAUGGGGGUACGCGAACUGCGACAUCCGGGGGUACCUAGCAGGACUGGAUAUCAUGCAGAGCUAUUAUCCGGAGAGGCUGGGCCGCGUGUUCCUGAUCCAUGUACCCUACAUAUUCAUGGCUGCGUGGAAGAUGGUGUACCCCUUUAUCGACGACAAGACCAAAAAGAAGUUUGUGUUCGUCGCCGAUAAGGACCUCGAUGCCACGCUUCGAGACGCCAUCGACGAGUCCCAGCUCCCUGAGGAGUACGGUGGCAAUCUCAAGCUCCAGGCCUACAACAGUUCCCCAUAGUCCAAGUCCAUCUGAUGAUCGAUCGAUAGUGAUCACCACCUGACAUAUGCAAUUGAGGAUGCAUCGACAUUCGGAACUACUGUUGGAGGACUCUGAUUGAGAAAAGUGACAAUCCUUUCGAAGGUGAGAGGUCGGCUCAUCACGGCCUAGAUAGCGGUGAACACCAGGCUGUACACCCACCCCGCUCUAUAGUUUGUUGUAACUGUUUUUCUUCUAAUAAAAAGAGGGACUCGUGUGUGGCGCAUGAAA